CCACUAAAGCCUCACCCUCACGUGGGCAUGUCUGCUCUUUAAAUUAGCCUCAGUCCUCAAAAAAAUACUAAUUGGAACUCAAAUCAAAAUAAGAGAGCACCAAGAUAUCAUAGAGAAGAUGACAUUACGGUUUGAAGCUGCCUGUCCCGAGGGACUGUGCCCAGGAUGGAGUAUAAUUCUGAAAGGAGAACCCCCCUCUGAUGCCAGCAAAUUUGAGAUUAAUUUCCUCUGCGACCGGGAUGACCGUGUAGCAUUCCACUUUAACCCUCGCUUUCCCGAGUCGGACAUCGUCUGUAAUUCAUUUGUGUCGAAUCGCUGGGGCAAGGAGGAACGCUGUACCAACUUUCCCUUUGGGCCACAGGAACCAUUCAUGAUUGAAAUUUAUUCUGAUAAUGAGAACUUCCAUGUCUUUAUCGAUGAAUCCAAGAUAAUGCAAUACAAGCAUCGCAUUGAUGACCUGAAGACCAUCACCAAAGUGCAGGUGACAGAAGAUAUAAACAUCUCCUCUGUGGAAGUCACCAAGAAGCACUUCUAUUAAGGGGAAGCAUUUUACAUGUUGCUAAGCAAGCCAUUAACGGUAUGGGGUAUUUGUGUAUUAGAUUCAUUGUUAUAAUUGAAUUUACCAUUAUGGCAAUCAGUCCUGAUUGAAUGUGCCUAGAAGUAUGCUCUAGUUGAUUUAUAUUGGAAUCAUCAACAUAUGAACAAAUGACUGUGAAAGUUUAUGGAUGCUCAUUAAAUAAAUGGCAACAAAUAUAUCA